AUGUACUUCAAAAUCGCAGUUAUCAGCUUCUUGGUGGCGGCCUGCCAAGCCGGUCUCAUCACCGAAGGUCACUCUGCGGUCUCCUCUCAGAGUAUCACUCGUCACGACCAGCCUACUCAUGGAGCGUAUGCACCUAUCGUCGCCCACGGAGCACCCCUCAUUCACGCUGGCCCCCUAGUCCAGCAUGUCGCUCCCAUCUCUCAUGGUGCACCCAUCGCUUAUGCCCGUGAUCAUGUUGAAGAAAUCGCACCAGCCCACUACGAGUUCUCGUACUCCGUAGAAGACCCUCAGACCGGAGACCACAAGUCUCAACACGAGAGCCGCGAAGGUGAUGUCGUGAGGGGACAAUACUCUCUGGUCCAACCCGAUGGUGUUGUCAGGACCGUGGAAUACUCCGCUGACGACCACACUGGUUUCAACGCCGUUGUACACAACUCAGCACCAUCAGCGCAUGCUGCUGCAGCCCAAGCCCAAGCCACGCCACUUGCCCACGCCGGUCCCAUCGUCCAUGCUGGCCCCAUUGUCCAUGCAUCGCCAAUUGUACACCAUGCCCCAAUUCUACACGCCGCUCCCCUCGUUCAUGGCCCAGUGGUCCAUGCUGGUCCUUUCCUGACCCAUCAUUAAGUAUUUAUCCAAUUUUAGUUUUUAACAAUAGAAAUAAAUCGUUAAUUUAUAA